CAAACCUUGUAAACUUGCUUCGUAUUUACCUACGUGCAACGAAAGUUUCAGACUGCGCUAUCGAGGAUCCUUUUUGAAUCAACAAUGUUUUCAAAGAUAAGGAUGUAGCGAUAACCCUCCGAUCCCGAGUCUCUUCUCCCGGGUUUAACUUCUCAGAGUCAGUUGGCUGGUAACUGAGAUAACAAUGUCCCGCUUGUUAUUAAAGAGUGUUUCACAAAUUCCAGAGGUGCAAAUCACCAGGAACCUGGUCACCAAUUCUAAAUAUGGAUUUCUAAAACAGCUUGGACUGAACGUUGAAAAUCCUGGAUUAUUUGAUGGGAUAUGGGGAGGCUCAGGAAAAAUUGUAGAAUCUAUUUCACCAGCUACGGGAAAAGUAAUAGCAAAGGUGAGAGAAACUACACCACAGGAAGCCAGUAAUGCAGUAACGGAGGCACGUAAAGCUUGGCCACAAUGGGCAUCGUUACCAAUGCCUGCAAGAGGAGAAAUUGUUCGACAGAUAGGAGAUGAGCUGAGAAAAAAUUUAAAACCUCUCGGUCAACUGGUUUCUCUUGAGAUGGGAAAGAUAUUACCAGAAGGCAUCGGAGAAGUUCAGGAAUUCAUCGACAUAUGUGAUUACGCUGUUGGAUUGUCAAGAAUGCUGCCAGGAUAUAUUUUUCCUUCUGAAAGGAAAGACCAUGUUCUUAUAGAAAAGUGGAAUCCUUUGGGCGUAAUUGGUGUUAUUUCAGCUUUCAAUUUCCCGAUAGCAGUAUAUGGCUGGAAUACCGCGGUAGCAAUGGUAUGUGGAAAUGCAAUUGUUUGGAAAGGUGCACCCAGUACACCAUUGGUUUCCAUUGCAACAACGAAAAUCGUUGCUAGUGUAUUAGAACGCAAUGGUAUUCCUGGAUCGAUAGCUUCAUUGGUUUGUGGCAGUGAAAGUGUCGGAGAAACUUUAGUUAAUGAUAAACGUGUUCCACUUAUUUCCUUCACUGGAAGUACGAAAGUCGGGAAGCAAGUUGCUUUAAAAGUUCAAAAUAGGUUUGGCAAAGUUUUACUAGAGCUUGGUGGGAAUAAUGCUAUAAUUGUUGCACAGGACUCAAACCUUGAAAUGGCUGUUAGGGGUGCAGUAUUCUCUUGUAUCGGUACAGCUGGACAGAGGUGCACAACAACCAGGAGAUUAAUACUUCAUAGCAAAAUUAAAAAUGAAUUUUUAGGAAGACUUCGGACUGCUUAUGAGAGUAUCCUAGGAAGGAUCGGUGAUCCUCUAGACGAUGCAACUCUUUAUGGUCCAUUACACAAUCAAAAAGCUGUACACGCAUAUAAAGAAACAGUGAAGAAAGCUAUGGAAAGUGGAGGUAAAAUAGAGUUUGGUGGAAAACAGGUGGAACGACCUGGUUACUUUGUAGAACCGACAAUAAUUUCUGGUUUGGCAAUCAGUGAUGAAGUAGUACAAAAUGAGACAUUUGCCCCAAUUGUUUAUGUCUUUGAAGCAAAGUCUCUCGAGGAGGCUAUUGCUCUUAACAACAAUGUUGAACAGGGAUUAAGCAGUUCACUUUUCACUCAGAAUGUAGCAAAUAUAUUCCAGUGGAUUGGACCACAUGGUUCAGAUUGUGGAAUAGUAAAUGUAAACAUUGGUACCAGUGGAGCAGAAAUAGGUGGUGCCUUUGGUGGAGAAAAAGCUACCGGAGGAGGUCGGGAAAGUGGCAGUGAUGCUUGGAAACAGUAUAUGCGACGUGCGACUGUAACCAUUAAUCAUGGAAGUGAACUGCCUCUAGCACAGGGUAUCAAAUUCGAAUGAACAUGAAAAAGAAACUUGCGAUAAAGUUCAGAUGGACUUUAAGGAUUUAUUUCAAACCUUAUAAAGUCAACCUGAAUGUCAACACUGGAUUUCUUGUGAAACUUGUAAGCUUGCGGUAGGUCAUAUCGUAGUUCAGCUAUGACAUUCCCUUUCGCACCAAGAUCCAUAGCUCGUUUAAGAACGUAUCGACGAGUGCUAGUCUUAUGGAGUGAAUACACAGCAUUGUUGGCGAGCUUACAGGCAAUUUCCAGAAAUCUCAUGUCGACGCCAGCAUUGUGUUUUGUUCCAAAUGGUGGAUUCAUUACCACUGUGUCAAAGUAUUUUUCAAAUUUGCCUGAAAUUUUGAUAAUUGUUUUGUAUUAUGCUGUAUCAUAACAACAACAUGUAACAUUAUACACUGAUUUGAAUUAUAUAAAACUUAUAAAGAAAAUAAUUUGUUCGUUAUUGUAAAAUAAAGAACUUAAAUAAGAGCUA